UGGGGCUGGGUCUGUUAUCACCGUGACAACCUCUGCCCAGCGUUCCAGCGGAGAAUGGACCUUGUGUGUCUCGUCUUUACGUGCCUGUGAGUGUGUGUUUGGCGCACUGGGUACCAGGAGACACAGCGUGAGCGUGUGAGUGAGCGAUCCGAACAAUGGCCCUGUUUUAAGCCGGCCGGACAGUGGGGGAGCAUAAGGCCAGGCUGAAAUGUCUAUGGAACGCACUAGCGGAGGACUGGCAUUAUGGGCAGAAUACAGUGAGGGGUCUGUGACAGAAUGAGGAGAGACAGGGGAAGGGUGGUGGCAUGUACCAGGACCUAAGAGUAGGGAGGGGAGACUUGAGAUAGGGGUGGCGAGUGUGUAUGACAGAGGUCUUUUCUGCGUUGGACAGAGCAGUGUUUGUGUCAUGUUUGGCUGAGGAAUGCUGCUGUCCUGGGUGACAGGGGGGCAUUAUGUGGACCUUAUGUCACUACUGGGUAUCUUGAAGCUGCACACAGAGCUGGCGCGUCAAACGGCACACUACCAACAUGCGUGACAGUCACAUCAGGAGGGAUACAUGACCAGGAGGUCUUCGCGCCCGGGGCAGAAAUCCACCUCAGGACUCUCGCGUUGACCUGUCGGCUGAUCGGUUCACUGACUUGAAGUUGAUGAGUUUUUUUAUCUCCUUCUGUUUACUGUAGAUUUAAAAAUAGUUGGUAUAGGAACCAAGGAUUUCUGUAUUUGCUCAACAGCUGUAGAGCUCUAGACGGGGACAGAGUCUGUGUGUGUUUGUGUGUGUCCCAGUUGGAGGAUGAGCCCGGUGCAGACGGGGAGAGGCAGCAUGGUGAGCUUGUUCAGCUGUGCAAGGGCUCGGAGGGUUAAAUCCUGCCGAGGCUCUCACACACACAUACUGCGAUCGUGGGCUCUUUCUCAGAUAUACACAAUGAGGCUAAGAUGCCUGGGGCUCUGGCCGGGGCCACGGGCUCUCCGAUCUCACACUCUGAACCAGUAUUUCAUCGCUGCCGGGGAUUCGGACUCAGUCCCUGUCACGGUGCUCAGAGUGGCUGGCCGCUCCACUGCUCCGUCACCAUCAUCUAUUCGCCCACCAUCAACAUCUCCAUUCCUGAAAUAUGAGGAUCCAUGGAGUUCAACUGCUGAAAUCAUCAGACCUUGGCCGCCAUAGUCUGCUGUAUCUAAAGGAGAUUGGACAUGGCUGGUUUGGCAAGGUUCUGCUGGGAGAGGUCAACGCAGGCCUCAGCACCACCCAGGUGAUGGUGAAGGAGCUGAAGGCCAGUGCCAGUGUCCAGGAUCAGAUGCAAUUCCUGGAGGAGGUCCAGCCAUACCGAACCCUCCAGCACCCUGCCCUGCUGCAGUGCCUGGCACAGUGUUCAGAGGUCACCCCUUAUCUGCUGGUCAUGGAGUUUUGCCCUCUGGGUGAUCUGAAGAGUUACCUGCGCAGCUGUCGGGUAGCUGAUUCUGAGACUCCUGACCCUUUGAUCCUCCAGAGAAUGGCGUGUGACAUUGCCUCGGGGCUCUUGCACCUCCACAAAUACAACUUUAUCCACAGUGAUCUGGCCUUGCGAAACUGCCUGCUAACUUCAGAAAUGUCAGUUAAGAUCGGAGACUAUGGUCUUUCUCACAGCCGAUACAAGGAUGACUAUUAUAUAACACAAGACCAGAUUUGGGUGCCUCUGCGCUGGAUCGCACCUGAGCUCAUAGAUGAGGUCCAUGGAAACUUGCUGGUCGUCGACCAAACCAAAAGCAGUAACAUUUGGUCAUUGGGGGUGACUGUGUGGGAGCUCUUUGAGCUGGGAAACCAGCCGUACAGACACUACUCUGACAGACAGGUGUUGACAUAUGCUGUGAAGGAACAGCAGCUUAAACUACCCAAACCCCAGCUCCAGUUCCCCCUGGCUGACCGCUGGUAUGAGGUAAUGCAGUUCUGCUGGCUGCAGCCAGAGCUCAGACCCAGCAGUGAGGAAGUUCACCUUUUGGUCACGUACUUGUGUGCCAAAGGGUCCAGUGAAGCCGAGGAAGACUUUGAACAACGUUGGAAUGCUUUGAGACCCAACUUGCUUGGCAGCACCUCCCACACAGCCACAUCCACAGCCCUGGUUCUGACCCCUACACCUUCUUCAGCUGACGCCCUCAGUGACCAAACUCAGGCAGUGGAGCUGGCCUCCUCUGCCUCAUCCUCCUUCCCUCUCCUGGAGCACUUUUCUGACAGCUUCCACUCUGACACGGGGGAUGACCUGCUGACUGUCACAGAGACCAGCCAUGGCCUCAACUUUGAGUACAAGUGGGAGCAGGCCCGAGCUGAGCAGCCAUACUGCUCCUCCUCAACCAGUGGGCCACUGGGCCAAGGGAAUCCCCACUACCAGGAUAUCUACUAUUCGAGCAAAGUGAGCACCUCAGCAGGUUGCAAAGCUGACAGCCUGACCUCAAGCAUGUCCCCAUCCUAUUAUGAACCUGAACACCCUGGUGUCGUCCCAGUGUUAAGUGCCCACAGCCCCUCGGUCAGUAGUGAGUAUUACAUUCGCAUAGAGGAACCAGUUGGGUGUACCAUUAAUCUGGAUGACAGCAUUGUGGACUACAGCCCAGGGCUGGAGGCCAGCAACAGCAGAUUGUCCUAUGAGAGUCAAACUAGUUCAUCCAUGGCACAUCCCAGUGCUUGCUGGUCAACUGCUGACAACACCAAGUCCACUGCCUAUGACUCUGAUUCAAGUCCCACUAUCCAACUAACCAUGGAGCCACUGCUCAGACACACAUCCACCACCAGCCCUGUAGAAUUAGGCCACUCCCAUAACUGCCUCUCAUCCAGCCACAAUGACACAGUCUACUGUGAACAGUUAGCAGCACACAAGACACACUGCCAGUCCUGUGUGUCUGAGCUGGAAACAUCACCAGAGUCCCAGUCAAAUCUUGCCCAUCCAGAGGGGCGGCUAGAAAACCCGCGCAGUUUGUCGCAUGUAGUCAGCAGCCCCAGCUUAGGGUUCUGCGAUCCCUACCUUGAAGCGAACACAGGUCGUGGCACUGUUGAUGAAAGCUGCCGUAAUAUGGUAGGUCCCUUGAGAAAGACACUACCCAUAGUCAACAACGUUGGCAUUGAUUUAGAAACAGAUGAGGGCCUGCUGUUGGGUCAGCAGAGAAGUGGAGAAGUUGAGGAUGACAUUUUCUCUGAGGGAGAGGCUACCAACUGGAUCUCAAACCACUCAUCAAACAAUAAUAGCCUAAGCUUUGACAGCCGGCAGACAGGCAGCGGAAAUGACACCUAUCUGGAUCUUAAAUAUACUCCUCACUCAAACAUGACUGAAGUAUGGUCCUUAACCAAAGCCACCACCAGAACCUUCCAUAACUCCAGGUCUUGUGGCACACUGGAGGGACUAGGAGGAGACUCUGGUUGUAAUGCUGCUCACAAAUCUACUGAAUUAGGCUCUUACAUUCACUUAUGCCACAAAACAAGAGAUCAGGCGGCCACUCAAGCGGAAAGGAACAUAACUGCAGAUAAUGUGCGAAGUAUUGAUUCUCUCACCGGCUCAGUUAUGAAUACCAGAGGUACAGAGGGUCAAAAAUAUGAAAAGCAAUCACUGCUUAAUGGAGAGAGAUUGUAUUCUGAGAUAACACCUGAGGCAAGCUAUAUAAAAUCCCCAUCCUCUUUCAAGGAGCCUCAGACUGGUCAAGCAGGAGCCUUGUCAGAAAAACAAAGAAGUAACAUGUGGGAGGGGGUUUCAGCAGGAAUACCUGUUGGUCGGAGUGACAACAGCCGAAACUAUGCAGAGACAUCGGAGAGCAGCAGAGCCUUAGAUAGCGGAUUAGGGGUUCGCGAGUCUAGUAUUUGCCUUGUUGAGCUGGGUGACUACAGUGAUGAUGAUGAUGAUGAUGAUGAUGACAUCACAGAUAUUACAUCAGGGAUCUUUGCUGACUUCAACCUUGACUAUGCCGAUGUAGAGGAGGAAGAUCUGAGCCCAAAGAAGAAUCCAGAGGGAACUCCUGACUCUGUGGACACCAUUAAUCUGUCAUCAUCAAUGGCAAGCCCCUGUGACCAGGCCUUCAGUCCCGAUCCCUUCAACACCCCCAUCCUGCCCAAAUCCCUGGAUAGUGGCUAUGACACGGAAAACAACGAGUCUCCAGAGUUCAUCUUCAGAGAGCUUGGUGAUUCCCUCAGUUGUGAGAGGAGCCCAAGGCUGGGCGGAGAACCUGAACUUGUUAUGCAGGUGAGUUUAGGGCAAGGGAUCUACACUUCCAAAGGUACUUCAGAUCUGCAGUUAAAGGGCCUAACUGAUAAGAACCCAUAUAGGGAUUCAGCCUAUUUCUCUGAUUAUGAUGCUGAAAAUGAGAGGAGUCCUCAAGAGGAAGGCAGUGAAUUCUUUGCAGGUCCAGGUAACAAUUACUUCGCCGCUGAGAAAUUGAGCUCCAUAGGAGACGAUGAUGCUUUCAAAAAGCAAUUCAACAACAGGGAACUUUUAACAAAUCUAAGGCACAUCAAAAGUUGUGUUUUGGUGAAUCGCUCACAGGCUGAUUCUAGUUCACCCCAUUCUUUUCCCACACCUGGAUUAUCUAUGCUGUCACCGUUUCCACCGCAGAUGGGCGGCUGCCUGACCAAAGAGUCUGCCCCUGCAGAUGAUGAUCUCGGGUUGGAGACAGAGCACUCGGGAGAUGAGCCUUCCUCAGAGCUCAGUUCCUCCAUUGGGUCCUCUACUGUCCAAGAGGCAUCAGAAAACCAUGAGGAGGGAAGCAGGAGAGCAGAUGACUACUUCCCAGUCCAGUCACUGCAUUCUGACUCCAUCAUAACUGACUGUAGAGAUGAGACCCCCAAAGAAAAUGAAAACACUGAUGGAUCUACAGAGGAGGAGGAGCUGCCUGAAUUCAAUCAUGUCAACGAGGAAACCGAGGACAGACAGACAGAGGCUGUGAGAAUAAAUGAGGAAGAGUUUGAAGACAUAGAUGCAGAGGAAUGUGACUCACAGGACAGUUUAUGUGAAGAAUCCAAUGGUCCUCUUGACUUGUCCACUUCCUCAUCAUUGUUGGAGCUGUGUGGAGAAAAUGUUAGAGCUCCGCUGGAGGAGGCGGAGGAUGAAGAUGACUCAGAUGACAGUGAGUCUGAUGAAGAGUUGAGGACCUACAACAUCCAAGAUGAAGACAGUGAGGAGAGUGAAGAUGAUUUCACCACAGUGCCAGUGGUGGUAAGUGACUGCAGCAGGGCUAAACACCUCCGCAGUCUCCUGAAGAUGCCCACCCUACUCACCCAGUCCUUCUGUGAUGAGUUGGAGAGGAAGAAAAAAGCUGUGUCCUUCUUCGAUGAUGUUACAGUGUUCCUUUUUGACCAGGAGAGCCCCACAGGAGAGUUGGCUGACUAUGCCUUCUCAACAGGAGUAGAACCCAGUGAGGAGGAACCUUCAGGGGAAAAAACUUCUGACCACCAGCCCGAGCCAGACCCUGAUGCUGAACUUGAAGCUCAAGAAUGUGAAGCAGAUUGUGUUUUUAAUGAAACAGACGGAAACAACUCGGAAGAAGGUGGAAGUUAUGAAUGGAAAGAUGAUCUUUCCUUUGAGCCCCAUCCAUCCUUACCUGACACCAUCCCUGAGCCUGCGUCCUCACCCACGUCUGUCUCCAACAGCCCUGAGGCUCCUAAACCUGCCGCUGCAGCACUGAACCGUUUUAUGGUCUCACGAUUCUCUAUCACACAUGUGUCUGAUCCACACAUGGGCUCAGCCACAGGGAACAGUGAAGAUAGUCCAAAAGAUUGAUUGCCCUGCUACUUUGAUCAGAGGAGAUCGAUUCCCGGUCCUUCUCAACACGGAAAAGCAGCAUUACUAUAUCUAGAUGUUUUACAGAGUUUUAUUUUUUAUCAACGUUUGGGUCAUCUGACCCUGGUGACCCUUUAUGAGACAGUGCCUCAUAUUGUAGUGAAAUACCCUAAAUGAUUUGCACACUUCUUUUUUAUUUUCAUAAGGAAAGAGCAACAGCUCCAGGAACCUGAUUGUGAUGACGCAGAAAGUGGAUACGAAGUCAGAUCAUAUUGUUUGGAAAAACAGAAAUCUUGUAUUAUUUUAAACAUUCAGUAUGCCCACAGAAAUAGCUUAUUUGCUCAAUGCAGCAUCCAGUUCUUUUGGUGACCUUCAGUUAUUUUAAAUUGUGAAUUAUGAAAUAAUCAUAAAAAUAAAAAAGACAAAAAAUGUGAAACAAGAAGUUUUAUAGCUGCUCUCCUCAUUGGCUGCUUUUGCUCAUCUGCUUACCAUUGAUCUGGAAUUUUUGGGCAAUUUAAGACUGUUACAGCUCUCAUUGAUGGAGCCAGAAAUUAAAGCUUGAUAAUUGUUGCACAAGAAGCAGCGAUGGGUUCCCAAGCAACAAAAAAAAUGGCACGGUCAUUGCUGGUGUUGAUGGUUUUCUAAGUUGGAGAUGCUUAAACUUAAUUUGUCCCUUAAUCCAACCAAGUCAUACCCAAAUCAUAUUGAUUGUGGGACUCCAUGGAUUCAAUGUGCUAUGUUAAAGGAAACAUAAUACAGGAAAUCAGGGUGUUGCCACUACCUAAUUAUCACCACCACCACCAUUCAUUCCGGUUACAAUAACCUGCAGCAUAUGUCUUAUCUGAAGCACUUUGUACAGCCUCUGUUGCUCCUUAUGUCCCCAUCCUGGAAUGAAAAAGCCUAACAUGUGAGAUCCCCUAUUUGUGCCCACAGUGCCAGCAUAGGUUUUCUUUAUUUGGUGCCACAUUUGUUCUGUUUAAAUUACAUUUCAUCAGCAAUAGAAUGACAUCCAAGGGGAAGAGUGGUGAUUCAACACAAUUCAGCGGUGUCAGUGUCAACAUGGCAGUCAUAAAUGUUGAAUGUCAGUUAUCUUUAUGUAUCUUUUCUACGUAUUAUUCAUUGUCUCAUACAUAAUGUAUCUAUUACAUUUGUGCUGAAUGCCCAGGUCUAAGGUGUACGAAAAAAAAAGACAUUCAAAAUAGGACAUAUCUGACAUAUUGUAUGAAUCUUAUAUCAACAUGUAGCAGGUAGCUUGACUUGAAUUACUACUGCUGUAUCGACGGCUCCCUCCCCCUCUCUAUCCCCCUGUAGCUCCAAGUGCCAAUUCCGUUUCCUCUUACCUUGCCUUUUAAGUUCCGCAAGAAGAGAGAACAUUGCUAGUAUUUUUGUACGAGUAUUUGAACAGAUGCAAUCCAGGAUGACAGUCUCAAAUUUGCCAAAGAGAUAUUACAAAGCCCAUUGGCUAAAGUGGCAGACGCCUUUGGAGAAGGUGAGGUGGGUUGUUCUAUGCACCGGUAGUAACAUCAUUGCUGUUUCCAUUCGUCCCUCACUCAUGGCUGUUGUACUAUCCCAACAAAUAAAUCCAAAUACUUUUUCCCUU